AUGGAUGCCACGUUGCAAAAGAAGAAGAGCUCCAUGGGGACUCUCUUAGAUGGUCUCACCACUUAUGAGGAGAAGCCGAAUCCCCGGCUCUCCUGUUCCCCGGGCAUCGUCAAUGCACGACAGCUCAUCGAAUCCAAGUUGGAGGAGAUCGAUGUGAAGCCCAUGGGAGAUGAUGGAUUUCGAUAUACCGUGCCGGGCACUAUCGACUCAGAGGAGUGUCCGGAUGGGAUCACCAAUUUGAUUGGAGUGAUUGAAGGUUCGGAUCCCUUCCUGAAGGAUGAGUACAUCAUGCUGAGUGCUCACAUCGAUGGUCCUGAGAAUGAAGGGCCCUCUAGUGCCCAGGGCCUGCUGGACACCGACAACACCUACGACGACGGUAGUGGCACCGCUGCGCUCUUAUCGAUGGCCGAGUACUUCGUGAAAGCACCGCCCAGGCGAAGCUUGAUCUUGUUCUUCUCCGACGGCGAAGAGGGGAUCCACAACGUGGCAGUCUCCGAGGGUUGGAAGCAGGCCUUUUGCGUGUCGCCCGCGUACUGGGGCCCUCCGGGAUGCCACAACUAUCCCAUUGGCAUGACGGCAUGGGUGAAGGAUAGCAAGAAGAGCUUCAAUGAGAAGAGGCUGGUGAUCGCAAUGGAUCCGCUGGGGGCUCCGGGCAUCAAACACCACGACUUCGUGGCGGUGCUGGGCACGGAGACCACGCCAGGCCUGCAGAAGCUCGUGGAAGGAGCCUUCGCAGGCGCUGCGACGAAGCCCUUGUACGUGAAUCGCAUGUAUGUGGGCACCUCUUAUAGCGAUGGAGAUGCCUUCACGAAGGAUUUCACACCACUUUGCUUGCAAGAGGACGGCGGCAUUGGAGUGACCAUUCCCAAAGAGUUGGCCACCUUUGCCUUGGACAUGCGACGCCUGGCUGGGGAAGAAUGCAAGAACUUCGAUGACGACGCGCUGCUGAAGGUCACCGAGUCGCUGAAGUCCGUGGUGACCAGCUUGGCCGACAACGACGCCUUGUCGCGCGGCACGGGUGGGUAUGGCGAUUUGGGCAAUGUGUUUUGGUCUAGCUUAGUCUACAACCCGAAGGUCUACUCUGACAUCUAUGCUGCCAACCACGCAUGUGGCAGUUUGCGUAUGCCGGUGUGUGGCUUUUCUUUGCAAGAUGCCGUGAACAACAAGAAUGCCUACGAUUUUUUGAAGUAUGCAUUGUCCAACACGCCAGCCAUUGAUACCCAAGUGGCUAGCACCAUGAAGGCCUUUUGCGGAACCAUGUCCGAUUCAAUUCAGAAGAUCCUUGAGGUGUACAAAGACGUCAACGAGGAUCAGUAUUCCAUGAUCGUUCCAAAGGGAUUCAACUCCACCUUGCCCGCAGUGCUGGCUGUCUCGACCAUGGCUUUAGACUUCUAUGCCGAUGAGCCUUACAGACAGCCCUUUUAUCAAUGA